AUGUCGGCCACAGUAGAAACUAGUUUGAAACAGAAAAUAUGCAACUCCAUCGAGAUACCAAUAUUGACGAGAUGCUGUUUCUGCUUUCCUCUGAGGAAGGGCCUUGUGGUCUUCGCUUAUGCAAACCUUAUACUGACGAUCGUCGUGACGGCGCUGCUCUCGAUGUACAUAUCGUACAUUCGGAACAUGGAGUUAACUGACGUUUCCGAGUAUCCGCGCCUGAUAGCCGAUACGACGGCUCUAGUGCUGGAAGUGGCCAUGUCAGUCAUAUUCAUCGUCGCGCUGCACAUGAAACACGUGCUGCUAAUGAAGGUCUACCUGUACUUCGAAAUAGUGUUCUCCAUCAUCGGUUUCGUGUACAGCCUCGCCUUCCUGACCAGGGAGACGGCGAGCGAGCUGUUCCUCAUACUCUUCCAACUCAUGUUACAAAUUUACUUGGUGAUACUCAUAUGGAGCUCUAUAGUCAAGAUGGAAAGAGAUGGCACAGUCAAAUAUACGAGGGACAGAGACCCCGUC